UUAAGAGAGGCAGAGAACCAUAUAUAUUGUAAACAAACAAAAGAAAGAAGAAUCGAUAUGGAGAUGAUGAAGGUUGAAACAAUCGCUAAAGAAAUCAUAAAACCAUCUUCCACAACUCCAAAUGAUCUCCGAACCCUCCAACUCUCUAUUUAUGAUUACAUCCUCCCUCCAGUUUACACAGCGGCCUUUCUCUUCUACACCAAAGAUGAAUUGAUUUCUCCAGAACACAGUUCCAACAAACUCAAGACUUCUCUGUCCGAAACCUUGACCAAAUUCUACCCUCUUGCCGGCAGAAUCAACGGCGUCACCAUCGAUUGUAACGAUGAAGGAGCUAUUUUUGUUGAUGGUCGUGUCAAUAGCUGUCCUCUCUCUGAUGUCCUGAGAUGUCCGGAUUUUAAAGCAAUCCAACAGUUACUUCCUGUUGACGUCAUCGAUAACCCUUAUGAGGCUGCAAGUACAUGGCCUUUGCUGCUUGUGAAGGCGACUUAUUUUUCAUGUGGUGGCAUGGCCAUAGGAAUUUGCAUCAGCCACAAAAUCGCAGAUGCAGCCUCCAUCUCGACUUUCAUUCGGUCUUGGGCUGCUAUGGCUCGUGGAGAAGGCGAAUCAGUGGCUGGUCCCGAGUUUGCGGCAGCAAAUUUUUACCCACCAGCAAAUCCUUUCUUUAAGCUUCCGGUAGACGAACAUGCCAACAAGAUAAGCAGAAUAACAAAGAGAUUCGUAUUCGUUGCAUCCAAGUUGGAAGAACUUAGGACUAAAGCUGCUAGUGCAGGCGUCGUAGCCCGACCUACUCGGGUUGAGAGCGUCACUGCGCUUCUCUGGAAAGCCUUCGUUGCAGCUGUAUCGUCAAACACAAAUACUUUUGUCACGAAGGUUUUGAUUCUGCCCUCUAACUUGCGUCCUAAGAUACCUUCCCUUCUGCCAGAAAGCCUAAUAGGAAAUGUCAUGUUCUCUUCUGCGGUCUUGAGUGUUAGUGGAGAAGAGCAAGUUAAAAUUGAAGAGGCCAUUAGAGACUUGCGGAAAAGGAAAGAGGAUUUAAGAGUUGUAAUCCAAGACGAGGGUGGGUCGACGUCUUCGAUGAUGGGUUCUAAAAUAGCAAAUCUGAUGCUUAGUAAUUAUUCGAUGUUGAGCUAUGAGACUCACCAACCCUACGCCCUGAGUAGUUGGUGCAAAUUACCUCUUUAUGAGGCUAGUUUUGGCUGGGGAUCCCCGGUUUGGGUCGCCGGCAAUGUGGCUCCAACGUUAGAAAACGUAACUAUGUUGAUCGAUUCUAAGGACGGACAAGGAAUUGAAGCGUUGGUAACAUUACCUGAAGAGAACAUGAUCUCUUUCGAGCAGAACCCAGAACUCCUCGCCUUCGCUUCCGUGAAUCCUAGUGUCAUGGUCUAAUAAUAAUUAUUAUAUAUAUAUUUUUAAUAUGUUAUACAGUAAUUAUAUAAUAAAAUUACUACUAAUAAAAUGGACAUUUUGAGCCCUUUUAAAGUGUCCACCUCAACCAAAUGAAAAA